UAGGAGACACAUCUCCCCUAGAAAGUCCUACGUGUGGGCGUCAUCAACUGUGAUUGGCCCUGUCGACGCUCGUGCGUACUACUAGACCCUCGGUCCGUACCUUUUCAUCAGCUCGAGUAGUCUUGGGCUUCGCGGCUCGAUGCACGCCGCGAAAGCAUAAAUACACACAGAACGAUGCUUCAUGCCGUGGUUCUCAGCUCUCCCGAGUCCCAGAUACAUCUAAGAUGGUCACUGCCUUCCUGCUCCUGAGCGUACUGCCGCUUGCAUUCGCCGCACCCGCCGCGGAGUCCGCCUCAGCGUUCGCGGGGUCGACCAUGUCCGCUGUGUACCCUCCUCCUGGGGCAACAGUCACCACGGAUGAGUCGUACUUCCCGGACGCUGAGCAAGUCGGCUAUCCCGGACCUACUCCAACUGGUGCCGAGGCCGAGGCCAUUGCCACUGCACCCGUGGCCGCGCUGAACACGAACGCAUACCCGCUUGUAGCACCGCAGACUCCGUACAGUGGUACAGGUACCCCGUUCCAGGUCAUUCGGUCCUGGGGUAACCUCAGUCCCUGGUUCUCGGUCGGGAGCGAUGCCUUUGGCCUCCCCACUGCCGAUCCUCAGAUCCCAUCAGGAUGCGAGCUCGAACAAGUUCACCUGUUGCAUAGGCACGGUGCUCGGUAUCCAACCUCAGGCUCUGCCCCGGCCUCGUUUGCGGCGACUGUUCAGAGUGCAGCAUCGGGCUCUGGUUUCUCCGCGACUGGUCCCUUGGAGUUCUUGAAUACUUGGACGUACAAGCUCGGAGCCGAGAUCCUAACACCUUUCGGUCGUCAGCAACCAUUUGAUCUCGGCGUUGGUUUCAGGGUCAAGUAUGGUCAGUUGCUGACGGAAUUCAAGGACCUGCCUGUCUUCCGUACGACUUCAGAGAACAGGAUGGUCGAGAGCGCUAUCCACUUCGCUGCCGGCUUCUUUGGCGUUCCGGACUAUCAGACUUCUUACCACCAAGAGAUCAUCAUCGAGUCGUCUGGCUUCAACAACACGCUCGCUCCUUGGAACGCCUGCCCCAACUCGAACGACGCUGUUGCAGGAGACCUCGGCGGCUACGCAUCCGGCAACUGGACGCAAGUCUACCUCAACGCGACGACUUCCAGACUCCAGCAAUACAUCACGGGGUUGAACCUCACGACCAGCGAUGUGUACGCGAUGCAGCAACUAUGCGCCUAUGAGACCGUAGCCCUUGGCUAUUCGCAGUUUUGCGGUCUCUUCACCGACGAAGAGUGGCGAGGCUUUGACUACUCUAUUGACCUUUCGUUCUGGUAUGGCGACGGCCCCGGAAAUCCCGCCGCGGCAGCCCAAGGUAUCGGUUACGUCCAGGAGCUCGUCGCACGCUUGACGAAGACGCCUCUGACAACCUUCGACACGUCUACGAACGGUACCCUCGACGGCAGCAACAUAACUUUCCCGUUGACCCAACCCAUAUAUGUGGACGCCAGUCAUGACACGGUGAUUGCAAGUAUCAUCACUGCAUUGAACUUCACGACUCUGGCUGCCAAUGGCCCUCUCCCGAUUGAUCGCAUCCCUGCGUACCAAACCUACCACGUCCACGACAUCGCACCUUUCACGUCGAACCUCGUUGCGCAGGUGGUAUCCUGCCCGGCCUCCGUCAGCCCGACUGCGGAGACAGGCUCUGCUAAGAAGUCUGCGUCCUAUAUCCGCUUCCUGCUGAACGACGGCGUCGUGCCACUCACCGGUAUCUCUCACUGCGAGACACCUGACUCGAAUGGCCUAUGCCUACUCGAUAACUUCAUCGAGGGCAUGCUGGAGCGCAUCGAAGAGGUCAAUUUCGUGUACGAUUGCUACGCGAACUACACCCCACCGGCGCUGAGCGCGGACACGAUCAUUGACGGCCGAAUGCUGAAGUGAAAAGGAGGGGAGCGGAAUAGCAUGAUGGAUUGAGAUGCUAGUAUUAUAGAGACGAAGCGCAUGAAAUGAACUCUAUGGGCCUGCGAUCCACUCUGCGUGAAUGCAAUUGAAGAGAGUUUCUGACUCGAGGGAUGGCGCAUGCGUUGUG